AUGACCUUCGACGAGAUGGAGGGGCUGUUUCGUGAAAUCGGCAUCGACACCUCACCACGCGCUUUUGCUCGCCUCAAUAUCAUCCCGGGCCUCGGGCGGCCGAAUCUUCCACACACACCUCGGGAACGACCAGCAAGAGAGUCACACCGCGCCACUGUACACCAGCACAUUGAGAACUUCUGUCAGGCUAUUGCCCGCGGCAACAAGGUUCUGGACCAACAUGGUGGUCAGAUUAAGAUCAAGGAUGAUUCAGAGGAGAGCACUGCGGCAGAGCUCAUUCUCGGACAGCUCAAGCUCGAGACCCUAGACGGCGUUCAGCACCAACCUCCUGGCAGCUCGCAAACCCUGGUGGGGAAUUCGACCAUCAAGACUGAUUCAAGACUCAACGUUCAGUCUCGGCCCGUCAAUGGCAGGAAGGGAACAGCAGGAGUCAAUCGUGCCAAACACAGUAACGAGACAGUCGGCAUCAGUCGAGCGGCAUCAUACCUUCACGACCAUGGUCCCAGCUCCAGUGCAGUGGGGUCCACGAGACCCAAGCCCAGAGUCAUCUGCAUCAGCCCAUCAGCAGUGGCUCAACUGCCUAGCGUGAAAGCACACGUCGAGUCCAUACGUACCUCUAUCACCAGCACUUCCAUGGUAUCUACAGCCACGGACGCCGCCAACAGCGCCGACCAGUCCUCCACCACGCCCGCCACAAUCGCAGCUAAGCCUAUCACCAUCUCCGCUUCCAGCACCGCCUUCGCCCACCUGAACGCCACCAUGCGCGAAGACCUGUCCAACCACCUCUCCCACCUCUCCUUCGCGCAGCGAGACGAUCACCUUGAAUCACUGUACCUCGCCCCAAAGGCAAAAGACGAGACGAUGGAGGACGUGCUACACAACAUCACCAUCACCACCAUUCGUGCCAUGCACCUCAAUGAAAGCGUGGACAUGUUUCUGAAGGAGCAGGGACGGCGCAACGAGCAGAUGCGGGCGUGGAUUCAGGAGUUGAGGGAGAUCAGGCCGGGAAAGGAAGGAGGUGAGCAGGUCGAGGACUAUGGAGCGGAAGUUGCGACUGCUGUGGUGAGGAACAGUCGGCCUAAGGCAGCGCGUGCUGAAGCAGCCCUUGGACAAGACGAGAACGUUCAUGAGAUGCAAGGUGAGAGCGAGAUAGAGACCAGUGGAGAGAUGCCGAAGGAUUACUAG